CUUGCGAGGACCCUAUCAGGUUGAGCGGAAACAAGUGCAAACUUUACUACCAAUUUAACCGGACUAUACCCUUUCAGACCAUCUUUUUUUUUAUUAUUAUUAUUAUUGUUCUUUUUCUUUGCUUUUUGUACAAACUUUCUUACACUCCUUCUUUUUUGAACUUUUUUGCUUCUUUUCUCUUUUAUGCUUUCCGCCUCGACUGUCUCUUCAUCUUCUUCAGGUAUACUCAGUCCUAGGACUGGUACCUCGACACCUUCUUCCCAACUUUCUCAUGACUCUAGAAAGACUAGCAGCAACCCUUUAAGAGAGCUUAUUGAAACAGAACAGACCUUUAUGGAGACACUAAAAAUGAUUGACUCGCAUAUUGGUCCUAUCUGGAUAAGACAAAUGAAUUCAGCUGCACCCGACUUUUCUGAACUAUUGAAAUACGCUCAUGAUGUUCUCAAAGCAAACAAACGAUUCUGCAUGAAACUAACCAAAAUUGCUACUAAUUCUCAACCUAUCAGUGAUCUCGGUGAUGCACUUAUGCAAUGGGUUAAUGAUCUAGAAGUGCCUUAUGCAAAUUAUUCAAGAAGUUUUAUUCCAAACUUGAAUCAGCGUCAAGAUAUUCUUGGUAAUGCAGCAAUGCGAUCUGUACUUCAGGAAUUAUCUGCCAGAGCUUCAUAUGAAGUGACAUUGGAAUCUCUGUUCAAUGCACCUAUUCAGCAACUCAAAUACUAUAAAGGAUUGUACAAUAGACUGUUAGAGAGUACGGAUCCUGGACGUGCUGAUCAUACACUCUUGUUGAAUGCUAAUAAGCAAAUUGACACCAUCAUGAAGAUGGUUCGUACUAUGCAGCCGCCUCAGUUACCUUUUAUCCAGACGAAUUUUCAAUCACCAAGAAAACCACAACAGGAUCCUGAAUUAGCAGCAUUUGAGUUGCAGGUUGAUUGCUCAAAGGUUGUCGAUCUUUAUAGUGGCGAGCAAAUUAAUUAUCAGCUACAUAUCUCAAAUCCAGGAACGCAACUUGUGAUGCAGGAUAGUUUUAUCAUGUUGUCUGAAUCAUCUUUUCGAGUUCACCUUUUGCUUACUACAGAAGUCUUGGUAAUCUGUCGUGAAUCUGGUAAAUUCAUGCUUUUGUAUCCUGCAAUCCCCAUCAGUGAUAUUACGGUUAAAGCCGAAGAACUAGAGAGGGAAGCAGAAGGAGAGUAUAUCGUUCGACUCUCGAUACUAGGAAAGAAGCAGAUUGUAUUGUGUGCCGAGACCAAGGAAAUUAGAAACACGUGGAUUGGUGUGGACGCUGAAGCUUCGAAAGAUACUGUGCUUGCCCCUCGAACACUUAGUGUCGCUGCUCAGAAAAAAAUGCUUUCAAACAGACCUAUUACAAACUAUGGUAUUCGUUUGCCGCCAAUGCCUAUGAAUGCCAGAGAUGCUAAAAAGAUGGUGGAAAAAAAGAAUGCCAACAUUCGAAACACAGAUAUUGUUACUUUCUAUUCUGAGUCUGAAGUUGUGUCUCCUUUAGAAAGCUCUGAUGAAGAAGACGACAAUAACAAGUAUCGAGAUACAAUCAUGGAUAUCUACGACAAUCAUGCCUAUAGUAGCCAAGAAUCACCUGAAGCUAUUCUUCAAGCUCCAAAGACAGCCUCUGAUGUCUCGAACAGCCCUCAAGCUCAAGAAGAAAUUAUCCUAACACCAAAUAAAGACAAGUCCAACGUGAAGAACAAUAAUUGGCCUCCUAUUAAUCACCAAAUACCAGCUGCUGAAGAUCCAGUUAAAGUUGCUUCCCAUGUUCAAAUAACCUAUAUUGAACCACCUACUGCCCAAAUUGCAACAAUAUCAAUCUCAAAAGCAUCUGAACUUGAUCCCUCUCUUUCUUUCCCAAAUCAACAAAUGAACAAAAUCAAUUCUUCGCCUGUUUCACCUGAUAGAUUGAAGAACAAUGAAGGAAGUAAGCCUUCCUCUCCAAGAGCUGUAGAGGUUCAACGAGCUGUUAUUCCCAAAGCAAUGCAAGCAGUGACCCAGAAAACAGAUGACUAUUUAUCACAAAAUGAUAGACAUCAACCAAACCGUCCAACGCAAGUUUCUCAUGCUGCUCCAAGAACAUCCUCUAUGCAUCACAGAUCUCCUCAACAAAGACCGCCUAUGGCUCAGCAAAGACCUCCUAUGGGAUAUAACAAUAAGCCAAUGCCUUCUCCACCACCUCAUCAGCAACAUAGACCUGGUUAUCCACAACAGCCUAUGGGACACCAAUCACCUUCUCCUCAUAUGUCAAACGGUAUGAGAAGACCUCCUCCACCUCAACAUCCACCUCAACAUCCACCUCAACAUCCACAACAAAUGCAGUAUCAUCACCAACAACAACAACAACAACGACAACACCAACAACACCAACAACACCAACAACACCAACAACACCAACAACACCAACAACACCAACAACACCAACAACACCAACAACACCAACAACACCAACAACACCAACAACACCAACAACACCAACAACACCAACAACACCAACAACACCAACAACACCAACAAAACCAACAGCAACAGGCACCUGCUAGGUUUAAUGCUCCUUCGCCAUCCCCUAGCCAACAGCUUCAACAUUAUCAUUCUGCAGAAGAUUUCAAUUUUCCUCGUAGUCCUAGCCUACAUAAUGCGGGUAAUGAAAUACGACAAGUUCUUUUCAGCAAUCAGCAAUGUGAAGUGUUUCAUUGGAAUGACCAGUCUUGGUAUGCAGCAGAAGGACGGUGUUUGCUUGAAGUGAGAUUGACACAUAGUAAUUAUACAUGUGUCUCAGUAGAGCUGCAAAAUACUGGGCAACUGUAUUUGAACGCUUGGAUUUUGUCGGAUACAGUGAUAAGACAUCCAUCACCUACGGAUGUUAGCAUCUCACUCUAUUUGGGCACGCAAAAAGAAAAUUAUUUGGUUCAUUUCCAGCAUCCUCAAGACGCCAAUAUUUUCUUCAGCAUUUUGCAACAAGCACAUCAAGAAUCCAUGAAUAUGACCAUGAUACAGCCUAGUCUUCAACAUACAGAAGAUAUUUAUGAUGAUCCUGAACCUGUUGAUACGGUAAAUGUGCCUCAGACAUUGAAGCCAGUGAUGCAAUGUAAGGCAAAGCUUUUUGUUAAAAACGAAACAUCAAGUUGGAGUACGUUUGGUAGCGUAACGAUGCGUAUUUCGCAGCAGUCUCCAAGUUUAAGAAUGUUGAUCCAAAUCGAAAAUGAUAAGACCAAAUUAGUCAGCGCCAUUGUUCGAAGCGGAAAUGUAGAAAAAAUCAGUCCAAAACGUAUUACAUUCUUGUUAGUGGACGAGUCGACAAAAACUAGCAUUGUUUAUAUGAUUCAUCUCCGUGAAGAUCAGACUGGAAACAAAAUUUAUGAAUAUCUCCGUACAAAAAAUGCAGAGAACGGAUGGUAGUUCUUUCCCCUUCACCCCUUCUUUAUAUAUAUAUAUAUAUAUACAGUGAAAUAGAGUGCUUUUUUGGAAAAACAAAAUUUUUGAUUAUCGAUAGAAAUGUCUGACCAUCAAUAUACCCAUUACAAAUAGAACAGAAAAGAAAAAAAAUGUAUAACAGUUCCUAUAAAACUAAAUCUAUAAACUUGUAUUCUUUCCAUACUUUUGU